AUGGCUUCGCAAUCGAGAAAGAGAGUUGACGCCGUUGAUUCUCGCUCCGCUUCCGUUCUCGUUCGUGCUAAAGAUGGCAGUGCUUUUGCUCGAUGUGAAGAGUGUAACAAGGAUGUGCCGGUGGCGCUGAUCAACAUGCACAGUUGCAGUCUUGAAGCUAAAAUUAAAAUGAACUUGGAUGCUCAGGUUGUGGAACAGGCUGCUGAAGCUAAGAAGCCGGAGAGGAAGAAGCCCAAAUCUAAAGAGCCAAAGGCAAAGAAGGCCAAAGUUGAGAAGGGCAAGAAGGUUAAGGAUCCUAACAUGCCCAAGCGUCCCCCCACAGCCUUCUUUCUCUUCUUGGAUGAUUUUAGAAAAACUUUUAAGGAAGCUAAUCCUGAUUCAAAGGACGUUAAAAGGGUUGGCAAAGAGGCUGGUGAAAAGUGGAAGUCUAUGACUGAUGAAGAGAAGAAGCCUUAUUUGGAUAAAGUUGUUGAACUCAAGGCAGAAUAUGAAAAGGCUAUGGAAAGCUAUAAAGCUGCUGAAGAUGAAGAUCAAGAUGGGUCUGAUAAGGAAAUUGCCACAAAAGAAGUUGAAGAGUUAACUGACGACGAGUAAUAGUGGCAUUUUGGCGUUCCUUAAACCUCAUGAGACU